UGUCACUUCGUUCACUUUUAUGUAAUUAUUAUCAUUUUUGUUGUUUUUUAUUUAUUUUCUUGUGGCAAACAGAAGUUCAUUGUACUUUUAGUUGUAUACAUCUAUGCAAACCACCGCUCUUAAUGGUAGGGAGAUAUUUUUUGUCUCCAUCCUGCAUUUAAAGACAACAACAUACACUCACUGAACUGGGAAGGGACAUGUAUCUUGAUAAUAACACGCAUCGUAGUGGGGGAAUAGUGUAAUGUGAAAUAAGACGAUGAAUAUUUGGAGGUGAGAGGAUGAAAGUGCAGGGAAGAGAAGCGCGUAGAGCGGCGAGGCGUGGCGCUGAUAAUCCUUGUCGGAGGGAGCGUGAGUGUGGCAGAGGGCGGGUGUAGGGAGGAACGAAAAGUGGUGGUGGUGGUGGUGGUGGUGGUGGUGGAGGAAGGAACCGUGGCUGGAGUGUGAGGGGGGGCAGGGAGGGGGGGACUGAGAGUGCGUGAGAGGGAACAGCAAGACCGAAGGACCAAGCUAGUGUGACGCUGAGCUCAGGCAUACACGCACCCCAGCCCCGACCUGCCGCAACCACCACCACCGCCGCCACCACCACCACCACCACCGCUACUGCUCCAGCCAAGGCUUUCCCUCACAAGUAGUAGUGCAGCCAGUGACCACCAUCAUGGCGGACGCUCAUUCCCGCGGUGUGCCGCAUGAUUGACAACACCUUGAGCCACGCCACUCAGCACUUCGAGGCUUGCCACGUGCGUCGCCGUCCAAGGCCCUCGCUCGGCGCGUUGGAGCCCCGCGUGGAGGAACAGUGCCGCGGGCGAGGCGGUCCCUGCUCGGCCAGCGAGGCUCGUCCCGCCCGGCCGUGGCUGCGAGGUUCACUCCUGAGCGGCCAAGACCAUGUACAACAAGCACGUGAGGUUCAAGCGUGAUGGAGCGGCGGGUGGUGGAGGGUCAGCGGCACUUGUCCCUACCAGCGAGGAGGCAGAACACCUGGUAGUGGGCGUGAUGCGGCCCCGGUGCUGCAUGGGCGCUGGAGCGGUGGCGGCGGCUGCCACGGUGUGAGGCCGCCACCUCCAGGCCAUGUACCGCAAGUACAUCCAGGAGCUGAGCGCCUCUUCCUCCUCCCCCGACCCGGACUUCCCCGACACCAAUCUCAUCGUGGGCGAGGCGCAGCUGAAGGCGGCCAAAGCAGGAGCCGCUCAUCUCGACCAGCACCUGCAGGUGGCUCCCGCCAUGCCCGCCAGCCCUUCGUCCCCGGGUCUGUCCGACACCCGCAACGCCCACACCACGGUGGGCGACCCUCCGCCUCCCCGCCCCGCGUCUGACAGUGACACAGAGGAUGACGCCAGCAGCGUGGCCCUGUCAGUCAGAUCAGAGAGUACCCUCGCGUCUGUCGGCCAGACCACGGGAGGCGUUGCCCGCUCAGCCAGCAGCGUGUGCCGUGGGCGGAGCCGCCUGAAGGAAUCCCGCCGCCACUCCGAGAUCUUCCACCUGCAGGAAAUCUUCUCCCGCAGCAACACUCCUGAGUUCCGGCGCCGCCCCACCGCCCACGCCCGGCCCUCCCUGCACUCCUCGCCGCCCCGCGUGUCUGAAGACGACAGGUUCUCCACGCUUUCCCAGGACGAGGUGAUCGUGGUGCGUCCCGUGGCCGAGGCAUCCUGUGCCAGGUCGCCACUGUACCCAGCUCCGCGAGGAGACCUGCUGCUGAACCACCGCAGCGAUACCACCCCGGGCCGUGGCGUGAUCAAGGUGCUGUCGGCUUCCAGUGCAAGUAAUGAGGCGCAGGAAGCGUCAGGCCCCCGGCUGACGAAGGGAGCGGUGGGCGCGGUGCCCUCCUCCUCACACCACCUCAACAACACCCUGGGCAGGGACAGCGAUCCUUGGCUCCGGUCGGCCCGCAGACUGGCCGCCUCCCCGCCACAGAACGCGCGGCGCCACUCAGCGGGCCCCAGCCUCUACUCCAUGUUCUGCUGCCGCGCCUUCACUAGCGGCAGGUGACAGCACGGACGGCUAGGAGUCAGUCACUGGCAAGGCGGUGCUCGUGGCGGCCCGAGACGUGAAGGCGUGGAGGCGUGGUGGUAGUGAGGACUCCAGCGUGACGGAAGCAUCAAUCUCAGCAUCAGGAAGUCACGUCACCAGCAGGAGCGGCCGUGACACAUUCCUCCCAUACCAAGAAGUUUGCCGAGAGAAAGUGUACAGAGGGACAGUGGGAUGAUCUAAAUAAAUUUGCGCCCAUCCCACACACCCCGGCAAGGAAUGGGAGUGCAGAGGGAGUACAGAGGAAGCAACCGUGACGUCCCUCCUCCAUUGCCAAAAGAUAAGGUGUCCGGAGACGAUGAAGUGAUGAUUGAUGUAAAUUCAUGCCCUUCCCACUCACCUAUCCCCCCCCAACCAAACACACUCCAGCAAUGAAUGGGCGCGCAGAGGAGUGAGUACCGUUCAUGGGCGGCUUAUUCACUGUUCACGUCCAUCUGGGAGGACUCCACGAUGCCGCUGCGGUGCGUCAGACCAGCUGGGGGCUCCAGAUCGUGAGGGGCGGCCGCGGAUGUGUGGCUCAGACAGACUCUUUCAUUCCCGAGUGACAUUUCGUGAAAAUAACGUGCCAAGAAUAAAUGAGGAGUGUAAAUAGUUAGGUGUAGCGAGUGGCGGUGAGAUGUUGUCUUACGGUGCAACUUUCCCGCUGUCUCACUUACCCAAAAGCGAAGUGGAGGGUAAAAAAAAAGGCGCCUUAGAUGGACUCUCUACGCCGCCUCCGUCAGUGCAUGAAACACUUCUGCGUAUCCUCUCUUAUGUCUCCUAUACAAGUCUCAUCUUUUUGUAUUAAGAUAUUUUAGUAUUCCAUGGUGAUAGAGGCGCGUGCAUGUGUGUAUGUACGUGGUUUCAUUGAAUAAAGUACAUUGUUCCUC